AUGUGGGAGGAUUGCUAUGAAGGUAAGUCUCUGCUCAGCCCUGCAUCAAUCUCUAGGAUUUGUUCAUCCAUCGCUCAUGUCUUCCAAAACUGGCUCGAAUCUCUCCCCGAAGAAAUCAUACCCGACAUCCUAGUCAGACUACCCAUCAAAUCCCUCAUCAGAUUCACCUCUGUCUCUAAAUCCUGGAACUCCACCAUCAAACACCCAACAUUCAUCCGCACCCACCUCACCCACACUCUCAAUUCCACUCACCAAAACGCUACCCGCCUCAUUCUCAUCCACAAUGUCUCCAAUGAAGGCACUUCCAAGCAUAACUAUGGACAGGUUCCCCUUUCCGGGUUUAAAGAAGACUCUUACUCUCUGCAUUAUGACAACACUGCUGUUACCGAGCAUUGCAAGAUUGAGUUUCCAAUUGCUCUUAAGCAAAUGAUGUUGAAUCCGUGUUUUCGCGUUUCGGGUACUUAUAAUGGACUGGUUUUACUUGCUGAGGAUGUAUGGCAUGAUGUUUACAACUAUGUUUUGUGGAACCCUAGUAUAAGAAAGUAUGUGAUCCUUCCUAAGCCCACUGUGAGGAAGUCGACACAUGGUGAGUAUAAGGCUUCUAUGGGUCUGGGUUAUGAUGCUCGUAAGAACGACUAUAAGGUUGUGAGAGUGACAUUUCUUGUGGAUCAACCUGAUCAUUCCCUCACGGCUUUAGUUCAGUACUAUUCGCUAGCCACUGGCUCUUGGGGAAUGCUUCGGGUUCUUCCUCCAUGUAUGCUGCUUAGCUCCGGGGUCCUUGUUUUCGCCAAUGGGGCACUGCAUUUUUUGGCUGUCCGUGGGACCGAUAAUCAUGAAAUGAAGUGCUUGCUUAUGGGAUUUGAUGUUGGAAGUGAGUCACUACGAGAAAUACUGCUGCCCGAGAGCCUCAACAUGGAUGCCUUAUUGGAGUUCAAAUUGGGUGCUUCAGGAGAUGGAAAAUCCAUUGGUCUGUUUGUGAGGUGUGACACUGAGACUGAUAGCUAUCUUGAUAUAUGGGUGAUGAAGGAGUAUUUUGUUCAGAAGUCGUGGGCCAAAUUGAUGAUUCUCACUCCACAAGGUCCGGAAAGAAGUUUGCCCAAGCCAAUUUGUUUUAGGAGGAGUGGUCAUGAAGUGGUGUUGCAACUUGAAGAUGACCGUGGAUUGGUUUCACUUGACAUUGUGAGCAAACAGUUCAAAAGUCUCGGGAUUUCUGCAGGUCUGGUUUGUUCUGUUGACUCUUAUGAAGAGAGCCUUGUCUUGCUUGACAGGAAGGAUGCAAUUUCUUACUGA